AUGUCCGACGAAAAGGAGCAUCUUAAUGCGCCUACUGAAAAGGAGCAGCAGGUUGCACCCAAAAAUGAGCCGAGGAACCGUCUCCCGACAUUCCAAGAGGUGCUCGCGCGACAGACCAAGCCGCCCGUCGACUUGUUCAUGUUCUACCUGUUCCUGCAACGUGAAGGAGCGGAGGAUGUCCUAGACUUUUGGCUAGACGUACAACAGCACGAGAAUUUGUGCCGUGCAUAUUUCAAAGACUUGAAAAAGGCGGGCAAAGCCGUUCAGGACGAGUGGCCGCAGUACUACGACUAUGCAAGGCGGCGUGGGAGUAUUUAUGGUACGGUCGUAGGGAUACCCGGCGCAGGAAAACGGAGCACGAUGAGCAGCGCCGACGUGAGCGACGACGAUCGCAGGCCGUCAUCCCAACGCGGUCCUACCACUACAGCGGCAGGAGCAAUAGGUGCUCGUGGAGGACGUUCGACAGUCUCUCCACGAGCGAGCGCCGUCCCGGGGAGUCCAUUCGACUGGAAAGGUCCGACACCCGUCAACCCGCCCGAGCAUCUUAUGCAACACGGUUUCUCAUCUCCUCCACCGAGCAACGCCAUUCACGGCUCAUCUACACCCUUUUCUGGAACCGGUCGCUGGGGACGCUACUCGACGAUCAACAAGCGACUCUCGCGCGCCCCAACCAUGUUUACGCGGGAAGGACCGGUCACGCAUGCGGCACUCAUCGCGUCCGCUGAACACAUCUUUGCGCGCUAUCUCGUUCCUGGAGCAGAAAAGGAGAUUUACCUCCCACCAUCCUUGCGUAUCCACUCGUUUGCACUCUCCUCGGACCAUCCGCCUACAAUGGCUGGUGGACCUGUCCCCGGACAGAGUAAAGAAGAAUAUGAGAUGGAGCAAGCGCAGCUGGCUCAAGUGCCAGACAUGUUCCAUUCUCAAAAGGAGUACGUGUUCAGCGCGAUGGAGCAAGACGCAUUCCCGCGUUUCCUGCGUGCAAAGGCAUUCGGCAACUUGACGCCCGUGAGUGCCUUGGUGAGAUUGGUAGUCGGGUUGAUCGUGCUCUGGAUUGGCCUGAGCACCGGGUUUGCCCUCAUCUUCCUCGACGUCAAGCCAAAGUCAAAGCGAUUCUUCUUGUUUAUACCCUAUACGAUUGCGGUUCUGCUCCUGGUGUCGCACCAGUACGAGCUCGACCCGGUACUGCUGCUCUUGUUCAACCAAUCAGAGACGACACCAUUCCGAACUUUGGCUGUACGGGAGCCAUAUGUACGCAAAUUGUUGGUAGGGCGCGCAAUCUGGGUCAGCGUGCUGGUGGCUGUCAUCGCGACAGUGUUGACGCUCAUAUUCUGGGCUGUCCCAGGACACCGACUGUAA